AUGUUCUCCGCAUUGCUGGUUUUGUUGCUGUCAGAAUACGCUCUGGGGCAUGAAGUUUGGUUUUCCGAAACGUUUCCUAAUGAAUCUAUUGAGGAUUGGGUGCAAUCAACAUAUAAUGCCGACAAGCAAGGGGAAUUCAAAGUAGAAGCUGGGAAAUCUCCAGUUGACCCAAUAGAGGAUUUAGGCCUGAAAACAACUCAAGAUGCCAGAUUUUAUGGUAUUGCACGUAAAAUCUCUCAACCGUUCAGCAACCGUGACAAAACAAUGGUCCUCCAAUUUACCGUCAAGUUUGAUAAAACUGUCAGCUGCGGAGGAGCUUAUAUUAAACUUCUUGGUUCAGAUAUUGAUCCUAAGAAGUUUCACGGCGAAACGCCUUACAAGAUCAUGUUUGGUCCUGAUAUCUGCGGCAUGGCCACAAAGAAAAUCCAUGUCAUUUUCAACUACAAGGGAAAAAACCACCUGAUUAAAAAAGAAAUACCCUGCAAAGAUGACCAAAAAACGCAUCUACACACACUAAUUAUUAAUCCAAAUAACAAAUAUGAAGUUUUAGUUGAUAACGAAAAAGUGGAAGAAGGAUCAUUGGAGGAUGAUUGGGAUAUGCUUCCUCCCAAAAAGAUUGACGACCCAAAUGAUAAGAAACCUGAUGACUGGGUUGAUGAGCAAUUUAUCGAUGAUCCGGACGACAAGAAACCUGAUAAUUGGAAGCAACCAAAAAUGAUAACUGAUAUGGAUGCCAAAAAGCCAGAUGAUUGGGAUGACGUUAUGGAUGGUGAGUGGAAACCUCCCCUAAAAGACAAUCCCGAAUAUAAAGGUGAGUGGACACCAAGACGUAUCGAUAAUCCAAAAUACAAAGGAGAAUGGAAGCCUAAACAGAUUGACAAUCCAGAAUAUAAACAUGAUCCCGAAUUGUAUGUUCUGGACGACAUUGGUUAUGUCGGCUUUGAUCUUUGGCAAGUCGACUCAGGAUCAAUCUUUGACAACAUUUUAAUUACUGACAGUCCGGAUUUCGCUAAGCAAGAAGGCGAGCGACUGUGGCGAAAACGAUACAAUGCUGAAGUUUCUAAGGAACAGUCAAGUGCGAAAGAUGAUGAUAAAGAGGAGGCUGGAGAAACAAAAGAACAGGAAAAGCUUCCAAGCGAUUCAAAACCGUCGGAUGAGCCAUCUGGUGACCACGAUGAACUGUGAAACGUGUUGGUCGUGGUGAGAAUACUAUUUGCUGUUUUUUUUUAAAGUUAGUAUUCUGUGCUCCAAAUCUGUACAUUUACCAUUUCUUCUGAUUAAUAUAAAUUGUUGUGACUACAUUAUUGUACUGUUUUAAUAUACCGUGAGGAUUUCUACUGGGUUUCUGUAGUUCGUCUCAAUUGAUCUGUAAUGAAGUGUCUUAACCUACAAUUGUCCUAGCACACUGUUGUUCUAAUGUUGGUGGUAUUUCUAUCAAAGUAUUUGUUUCUCAAAUUGCGAUACGUCAUUGAAACCUAGUGUCCUAAUGAGAACUAAGCUCGUUGCACAUCAUUCCGUUGAGUGUAAUAUCUGAUCGUGAAUGUUCUUAGAUUUAUCCUAUUCGUAUGUUGAGACUGCAGUAAGGAAAGCGUGUCAGUUCCACAUUCUGGUUAGUACUGAAAUCCGGCAAAGGUGUUACUCCGCAACCUCACAAUGUCUUUCUCCUCACAUUCAACCGUAGCAGUGUGGCUUAAGAACUUUGCACAUCUAUGUUUCUUGAUAUUACAGUUUAUAAGCGUCUCUAACUUAGUAGUUACGUAGUCUUGUUAGGUUUUUUGGUAUCGGGUUUUAUGUAAUGUCCUGUGUAAUCAGCGUCAAGGUCUCAAAUGGGAGUUAUUAUUACAAUUAUAGUAUACUCAUCUGGUACAUUAGGGGGAUACAGAUAGUCAAUGUUCUCGAUUGUGAAAUCUCAAGAUAGAACAAACAAACAUAAUUAUUGCUGGUUUUUGAGGGUUUUAAUAGCUGGACUUAGUGUAUUAUGGUGUUAUGCUAACUAGUUUAUAGUGAUCGUACUUUACACUGACGGUCUAUGCCGUAACUAAAUGCUACAGAUAUACCUACGUUCUGUAAAAGUAUUUUCUGAGAAAUUUAAUAAUCAAUCAAGACUUCCUUAUUUACUAACUCAAAAGUUUAUUUUGUUCAAACAUCAAAGAGAUAGUUGCAUCAUUCUUAGGAAUAAGUUCCUCCUGUUAUUUCAACAAAAAUAUUAGUUAACAUCAAUACCUCACCAAUGUUGAAACUUGAUACGAGUACAACUUCACAUGUUUAGAUGAUAGCCUAAGAAGAAAUGUUUAUUGCAUAAAAUGGCAAUCGACUAAUGUUCACUAAGUGGUAUUUGGUCAACUUUGACAGUCUUAUUCUGUUCUUUAAUAGUUCCUCUCCAGAUGAUGAGCAUUAUGACGGGCU